AUGGCAGCGAGUUCAUCGCUCUCGAUUCUCUUGGCAAAUCCAGUACCCAAAAUUAGCUGUAAUAACCAAAUUGAAUAUAGGGUUAGUGCUUUUAACCAGAGAACCCUUAAGAAUUUGGGAAUUAAACAUGGUUCAAGAACCAGAUUGAAUGCAGGGUUGUCUGAGAUUGAACCUGACCUUGAUGAAGAUCCUAGAGACCGUUGGGCCACUCCUGGUGUUGACGCUGAAGAUUUUAAGUAUGGAGAGUGGGAUGGGCAUCAUACUUACUUUGAAGGCCAAGACAAAAGAACAUUUUGGGAAAUACUAAAAGAAGAAUAUACAUCAGCAGAGCCCCCAACAGGCUUUCAAGGGUUUAUUUCAUGGAUGUUCCUUCCAGCAGUUGCUGCUGGGAUGUAUUUCAAUGUGCCGGGGGAGUAUCUGUUCAUUGGAGCAGGUCUAUUUAUGUUUAUUUUCUGUGUGAUUGAGAUGGAUAAACCCGACAAGCCACACAACUUUGAACCCCAGAUAUACAAUAUGGAGAGAGGAGCUCGUGACAAGUUAAUAGAUGACUAUAAUACCAUGAGCAUAUGGGACUUCAAUGAGAAAUAUGGAGAACUCUGGGAUUUCACCAUAACGAGGGAAGACAUAACCAAGAUAUAA